CCGGACGUGACGACAUUCAUACGUAGCCAAGUAAAGAUGGCAGACAGCAUCCCUUUGAAUCCUGUACGGAAGAAUUCGAGAAAAACUGCGUAUUAUAAUGCUGGCAGACCUGCCAGGUAUCAGAUUGAAGACGAAUCCUCAAACCUUGAUGAGAUGCCCUUGAUGAUGUCAGAGGAAGCUUUCGAAAACGACGAAAGUGACUAUCAGACCCUGCCCAGAGCCAGAGUGAGUCAGAGACGCAGAGGACUGGGCUGGUUCCUCUGUGGAGGAUGGAAGGUCCUGUGCAGCAGCUGUUGUGAAUGUCUGGUUCACACAUGUCGCAGGAAGAAGGAGCUGAAGGCUCGGACAGUGUGGCUGGGACAUCCCGAGAAAUGUGAAGAGAAGUACCCCAAAAAUGCCAUCAAGAAUCAGAAAUACAACAUUGUCACUUUUGUGCCAGGGGUUCUUUACCAGCAGUUUAAGUUCUUCCUCAACUUGUAUUUUCUGGUAGUGGCUUGUUCUCAGUUUGUUCCAUCGCUUAAGAUAGGAUAUUUGUACACCUACUGGGCCCCGCUGGGUUUUGUGUUGGCUGUCACCAUGGUGAGAGAGGCAGUUGACGAAGUUCGGCGCUGCAGGAGAGAUAAAGAGAUGAAUUCCCAGUUGUACAGUAAACUCACAGUGAGAGGAAAGGUCCAAGUAAAGAGCUCAGACAUACAAGUUGGAGAUUUAAUCAUUGUGGAAAAGAAUCAGAGAAUUCCUGCUGAUAUGAUUUUUCUGAGAACAUCUGAGAAGACUGGUUCGUGUUUUAUUAGAACAGAUCAGCUGGAUGGAGAGACAGAUUGGAAACUGCGAGUCGCUGUUGUUUGUACUCAAAGACUACCUGCCUUAGGGGAUCUCUUCUCCAUCAGUGCGUACGUUUACGCCCAGAAGCCUCAACUGGACAUUCACAGUUUUGAGGGGAACUUCACAAGGGAGGACUGUGACCCUCCCAUCCACGAGAGCUUGAGUAUUGAGAACACCCUGUGGGCCAGCACUGUGGUGGCAUCUGGUACUGUCAUAGGUGUGGUCAUAUAUACAGGAAAAGAGAUGCGAAGUGUGCUGAACACAUCACAAUCCAAAAACAAGGUCGGACUGUUGGACCUGGAGUUAAACCGCCUAACAAAAGCUCUGUUCCUGGCUCAGGUGGUUCUCUCUGUUGUUAUGGUCGCUUUGCAGGGAUUUCUUGGGCCCUGGUUCCGAAACCUGUUCCGUUUUGUUGUUCUGUUUUCAUACAUCAUCCCCAUCAGUUUAAGAGUAAACCUGGACAUGGGGAAGUCAGCAUAUGGCUGGAUGAUUAUGAAGGAUGAGAAUAUUCCAGGUACGGUGGUUCGGACAAGCACCAUCCCAGAAGAGCUGGGCCGUCUGGUCUACCUACUCACAGACAAAACCGGCACUCUGACCCAGAACGAGAUGGUCUUCAAACGCCUUCAUCUCGGUACUGUGUCAUACGGAACGGACACCAUGGAUGAGAUCCAGAGUCACAUCAUCCAGUCCUACGCUCAGGUGAGCUCUACGCAGUCUAAUGGCAGUAGUGCGAGUUCCACACCCUCCCGUAAACCACAGCCGCCCGCACCGAAGGUCCGCAAGAGCGUGAGUAGCCGGAUCCACGAGGCCGUGAAAGCCAUCGCCCUCUGCCACAAUGUUACACCGGUAUACGAGUCCCGCAUUAACGGUGCCAGCGCGGAACCGGAGGGUACAGAGGCCGACCAGGACUUUAGCGAUGACAACCGCACUUACCAGGCCUCCAGUCCUGAUGAGGUGGCUCUGGUGCGCUGGACUGAGAGUGUGGGUUUGACUCUAGUGAACAGAGACCUGACGUCCCUUCAGCUGAAGACCCCAGCCGGACACAUCUUGACCUAUUACAUCCUCCAGAUUCCCUUCACCUCAGAGAGCAAGCGUAUGGGCAUCAUUGUCAGGGAGGAGGCUACUGGCGACAUCACGUUUUACAUGAAAGGGGCAGAUGUUGCUAUGGCGAGCAUUGUACAGUACAAUGAUUGGCUGGAGGAGGAGUGUGGGAACAUGGCCAGAGAGGGCCUCCGGACGCUGGUGGUGGCUAAGAAAUCACUGACUGAAGAGCAAUACCAGGACUUUGAGAGUCGCUAUAAUCAGGCAAAGUUGAGUAUCCAUGAUCGCUCUCUGAAGGUGGCGGCAGUGGUGGAGAGUCUGGAGAGAGAGAUGGAGCUUUUGUGUCUCACUGGAGUGGAAGAUCAGCUGCAGGCUGAUGUCCGGCCCACACUGGAGCUCCUCCGCAAUGCUGGAAUAAAGAUCUGGAUGUUGACUGGAGACAAGCUGGAAACUGCUACAUGUAUCGCCAAAAGCUCCCAUUUAGUGUCCAGAAGUCAAGACAUCCAUGUCUUCAAACCGGUGUCCAAUAGGGGCGAGGCUCAUCUGGAGCUGAACGCCUUCAGGAGGAAACAUGACUGUGCACUGGUCAUAUCAGGAGACUCUCUGGAGGUCUGCCUGCGUUACUACGAGCAUGAAUUUGUGGAGCUGGCAUGUCAGUGCCCCGCUGUGGUUUGCUGUCGCUGCUCUCCCACGCAGAAAGCUCAAAUCGUUCGAUUGUUACAGCAACAUACAGCCAACAGAACAUGUGCCAUAGGCGAUGGAGGAAAUGAUGUCAGCAUGAUCCAAGCAGCAGACUGUGGUAUCGGUAUUGAAGGGAAGGAAGGAAAGCAAGCGUCUCUGGCGGCAGAUUUCUCCAUUACCCAGUUCAAGCACAUCGGCAGGCUGCUAAUGGUACAUGGCCGCAACAGCUACAAACGUUCAGCAGCUCUUGGCCAGUUUGUCAUGCACCGUGGCAUGAUCAUCUCCACCAUGCAGGCUGUGUUUUCCUCUAUUUUCUACUUUGCAUCUGUUCCUCUGUACCAAGGUUUCCUCAUGGUGGGUUAUGCCACCAUCUACACCAUGUUCCCUGUCUUUUCUCUGGUGCUGGAUCAGGAUGUAAAGCCUGAAAUGGCUCUGCUGUAUCCUGAGCUCUAUAAAGACCUCACCAAGGGCCGCUCCCUGUCCUUUAAGACCUUCCUGAUUUGGGUUUUGAUAAGUGUAUAUCAAGGGGGCAUCCUGAUGUACGGGGCCCUGGUGCUGUUCGAUCAGGAGUUUGUGCAUGUGGUGGCAAUCUCUUUCACUGCUCUGAUCCUGACGGAGCUGCUGAUGGUGGCGCUGACUGUCCGCACCUGGCACUGGCUCAUGGUUGUAGCCGAACUUAUAAGUCUAGGCUGCUACCUUGCUUCCCUUGCCUUCUUAAAUGAAUACUUUGGCAUAGGUCGUGUGACCUUAGGAGCUUUCCUGGAUCUUUCGUUUAUCACAACACGGGUGUUCUUAUGGAAGGUGUGCGUCAUCACGCUGGUCAGCUGUCUGCCGCUCUACAUCAUCAAAUACCUGAAGCGGAAGUUCUCCCCUCCCAGUUAUUCCAAACUUUCCUCCUGAGCUUUCCAUACGUCACCGUGUCAAAAGGCAUGCAGACAUAUUUAUAAGCACAUGUGACAGCUACAUCAAACACUUUGAAAUGGAUCUGAUCCUUUUUUUAUUAUUGCUGGAUGUUAGUUCACCCAAAAAAUGAGCAGCCUGAUAUCAUUUACUCACCUUAAUGUUGUUCCAAACCUUUAUGGCUUGCUGUAUUUUCUGUGGAACACAAAAGGAGAAGUUUAUCAGAAUGUUCACGCUGCUCUUUUCCAUACAUUGGAAAAACUGUUAUACUCCAAAUAUUGCACCUAAAACACAGUAUUAACUUUUGUGUCUGAUCUUAAAGGAAACUCCUACCUGUUUGGAAUGACAUGAGGGUGAGUAAAAAAAAAGGACCAAAUUUUCAUUUUUACAUAAACUAUCCCUUUAAGCGUCAGCUAGGAAUGCCCAGAAGUGCUUUAUGAUGCUGUUUAUGUGUGUUUCAUGAAUCCUUAUUCAGUGACGCAAUGUGAUUUGUUUGUAUAUAUGAACUUUGCCAUUGGACUUAUAUGAGUGUUUCUGUGCUCAUCACAUUUCUGCACUUAAAGAGGGUGGGACAGCUGUAGGAUAAAACUGAGUAGUAUUGAGUACUUGAAGAGGCUAAAGCACAAAAAAUGAACAAGAUAGAAUAAAAGGGUUGUUUAGGGCACCCACACUGGAAUGACGGUCCAAAAACUGUAACUUUUUACUUACCAUAAAUGUAUGUGAAGGCAAAAUCAGUUUUUUAUGAAAUGGUUAAUGGAUUUUUAACUUCUUUUUAUUAUUAUUGGUGGUAUAUAAUUAUGUUCAUAGUUUAACAAUACUGUUUCAUCUAUAAUGAACGUAAAGUAUUAUUAGUAUUACCAUACCCAUCAGCACUUUUACUUCUGAUAUUGGAACAUUUUGCAUUAUUAGCUUUAUUAUUAAUGAGAUCUGGAUGGGUGGGGCUUGGUAAAUACCUGUGGUUAUGAUUCGAGUGUUCUGCUUGCAUGAGUGUAUAUACUGAAGUUGAAUUCGGGCAGCUCUGGUUUCCUGUUAUGCUGUGGCUGCUGCUGCCAUAUGAUCCUGCUGCAAAACUGUGUAAAUGUAAACCAGAGCACAGUGUGUGUUCUUACAGCGGGAACUAUUUGUUCUGGGAACAACGGUCCUCUCAACCUGACAUCCUAAAUGACAUUGUAUAAACUGAACAUUUGACGUUUUGACAUUUGACAAAUUAAACUUGAUUGAUGUAUGACUUGUAACGCCAAGACAUUGAAACAAGAAUGUACUUUUGUUGGAUUGGUGUUUUUUUAAGAUUGUAAAAACUAAAAAAAAGUGUUAGGAUGUCCUAAGCUGCUUAGAGAUGCACUGAAAUUUUUGCAUUUCUUAAAUCACCUAUGGCACUUGCUCAUCAGCAGUUACUUUUUAUAGACAGUGGCGCCUCACAAUCAGUCAUUUAUUUUGGAGUUUAACUUUUCUUUUUUUUUCUUUUUUGAGAACAUUCACAGGAAUACUGCACAUGCUUUGUCCCCUAAUGACUGUGCUGACGGUGUGAAGUUGGCUCUAUAAUGUGUAAGAUCAUCUUGCCUUAUCUUUAUGAAACAAGUCAGCUGGAAUGAGGAAUGAGUUUUAUCAUUCACUUUAUUUUCUAUACUGUGUGUAUGAGUGUUUACAGUACUGAAUGAGACCAUGCCAAGCAUCAUCUAUGCCGUACGCUGUUCCUUUCUCGCUGUGCGUAAUGGUGGGUGUGCUUUGAAGACGCUGAGUUGUACUUUACUCAGGAAAACCACUAACUGAUUUGUUCUACUGUGUAUAAACCUUCAAUUAACCCUGUGACAGCCUAACAACAAUAGCUUAUUUAUUAUUUGAGUAUUUUGCUCUUGUUUCUCCUGCGUUUUUUAUUGACUGAUACAUAAUGGAAAAUGUGAUGUUUUUCUUUGGUGUUACUGCGACUGUGGGCUUAUUUCAGCAGUAUAAUUUACCAUUUUAAUGAUUAUUGAUGUCUGAUUAAAGAGCAAUAUGUUUCCAA